AUGGCAUGUUCUUCUCCCCAAGUGAGGUUUCGAAGCUGUCACGGAAACCAAAAAAUACACUUUGGGAGCAGUGAGCCAGAAGAUUUCAGAGUAGGUGAAGAUGGUGUGGUCUAUGCUGAGCGAAGCUUCCAGCUUUCAUCAGAGCCCACGGAGUUUGUCGUGUCUGCUCAAGACAAGGAAACCCAGGAAGAAUGGCAAAUGAGAGUGAAGCUGACCCCUGAACCAGCCUCCACAGGGGUGCCACCAAAGGACCAAAAGGAAAUUGAAGACAUUGUAUUUCCAUGGCAACAAUACAAGCACAGCAGCCCUCUGAAGAGGCAGAAGAGAGACUGGGUUAUUCCUCCAAUCAACCUGCCAGAAAAUUCCAGAGGACCUUUUCCUCAGGAAUUAGUUAGGAUAAGGUCUGAUCGUGACAAGAGCCUCUCGUUGAGGUACAGUGUGACUGGCCCAGGAGCUGACCAACCUCCAACAGGCAUCUUCAUCAUCAACCCCAUCUCAGGACAGCUGUCUGUGACAAAGCCUUUGGACCGAGAGCAGAUUGCUUCUUUUCAUCUGAGAGCCCACGCAGUGGAUGUAAAUGGAAACCAGGUGGAAAAUCCUAUUGACAUUGUUAUUAAUGUCAUUGAUAUGAAUGACAACAGACCUGAAUUCUUACACCAAGUUUGGAAUGGGACAGUCCCUGAAGGAUCAAAGCCAGGAACCUAUGUGAUGACUGUUACAGCCAUCGAUGCUGAUGAUCCCAAUGCCCAGAAUGGGAUGCUGAGAUACAGGAUUUUGUCACAGGCCCCCAGCAGCCCCUCUCCAAACAUGUUUACAAUCAACAAUGAGACUGGUGACAUUAUCACUGUAGCAGCUGGACUUGACAGAGAGAAAGUACAGCAAUACACGUUAAUCAUUCAAGCGACGGACAUGGAAGGAAACCCAACAUAUGGGCUUUCAAACACAGCAACUGCUGUCAUCACCGUGACAGAUGUCAAUGACAACCCUCCAGAGUUCACUGCCAUGACGUUCUACGGGGAGGUACCAGAAAACAGGGUGGACGUGAUCGUGGCCAACCUGACAGUGACAGAUAAAGACCAACCCCACACCCCUGCCUGGAACGCCAUGUACCGGCUGACAGGGGGAGACCCCACGGGCAGGUUCACCAUCCUCACUGACCCCAACAGCAACGAUGGGCUGGUGACUGUCCUCAAGCCGAUUGACUUCGAGACCAACAGGAUGUUUGUACUUACAGUAGCUGCAGAAAAUCAAGUGCCUCUGGCUAAGGGGAUUCAGCAUCCUCCUCAGUCAACAGCCACCGUGUCCAUCACAGUCAUUGAUGUGAACGAGAGCCCCUACUUUGUCCCAAACCCCAAGCUUGUACGUCAGGAAGAAGGGCUACCUGCUGGCAGUGUGUUGACCAUUUUCACUGCUCAGGACCCAGAUCGUUACAUGCAGCAAACCUCUCUAAGGUACUCCAAACUUUCAGAUCCUGCAAACUGGCUGAAAAUUGACCCUAUUAAUGGACAAAUAACUACUACAGCUGUCCUGGACAGAGAGUCAAUAUAUGUGCAAAACAACAUGUAUAAUGCAACGUUCCUUGCUUCUGAUAAUGGCAUUCCCCCAAUGAGUGGAACUGGCACACUUCAGAUAUACCUGCUGGACAUCAAUGAUAAUGCCCCUCAAGUGAAUCCAAAAGAGGCCACGACCUGUGAGACCCUCCAGCCCAACGCCAUCAACAUCACUGCUGUAGACCCUGACAUAGACCCAAAUGCUGGCCCGUUUGCCUUCGAGCUGCCUGACACACCUGCUAGUAUUAAGAGGAAUUGGACCAUUGUUCGAAUUAGUGGGGAUCACGCCCAGCUCUCUUUAAGGAUCAGGUUCCUGGAGGCUGGUAUCUACGACGUGCCCAUAGUGAUCACAGACUCUGGAAACCCACAUGCCUCUAGCACUUCUGUGCUGAAAGUGAAAGUCUGUCAGUGUGACAUAAACGGGGACUGCACCGACGUCGACCGGAUCGUUGGCGCGGGGCUGGGCACUGGUGCCAUCAUUGCAAUCCUGCUGUGCAUCAUCAUCUUGCUCAUUUUGGUGUUGAUGUUCGUGGUGUGGAUGAAACGCCGUGAUAAGGAGCGCCAGGCAAAGCAGCUCCUCAUCGACCCAGAAGAUGAUGUGAGGGACAACAUCCUGAAAUAUGAUGAAGAGGGUGGUGGAGAAGAAGAUCAGGAUUAUGACUUGAGCCAGCUCCAGCAGCCUGACACUGUGGAACCAGAUGCCAUCAAACCUGUUGGAAUCAGACGUCUUGAUGAAAGGCCAAUCCAUGCAGAACCUCAGUAUCCAGUCAGAUCAGCUGCUCCUCAUCCUGGGGACAUUGGGGACUUCAUUAACGAGGGACUCAAAGCAGCCGACAACGACCCCACAGCCCCACCAUAUGACUCCCUCUUAGUCUUUGACUAUGAAGGCAGUGGCUCCACGGCUGGAUCCUUGAGCUCUCUGAACUCCUCCAGUAGUGGUGGUGAGCAAGACUAUGACUACCUAAAUGACUGGGGCCCACGUUUCAAGAAACUGGCUGAUAUGUAUGGUGGAGGCGACGACUGAACUUCAAAGUGAACUUUAUUUUUGGACAAGUACAAACAUUUCAACUGAUAUUCCCCAAAAAGCAUACAGAAGCUAGGCUUUAACUUUGUAGUCUACUAGCACAAGUGCUUGCUGAAGGCUUUGGCUUAGGCUGCAAACCAAUUUGGGCUCCGUGGAAUAUCAGUGAUCCAAUGCUGUUUGGAAAAAUGAAAAGUAUUGAGCUCAGUUACACUUGAAUUUUACAGUACAGAAGCACUGGGAUUUUAUGUGCCUUUUUGUACCUUUUUCAGAUGGGAAUUAGUUUUAUGUUUAAGGCUUUAAUGGUACUGAUUUAUGAGAUAUGAUGCAUUAAAGAGACAAAAUAUGUUGGGGUGGGGAGGAGUCAGGUGAAACACAAUAGGCUUCAACAUGCUUUUGUUACAUCGCAUUGCUUUUAUUAAAAUAAGGAGAUGGAAAAAUCAGCAAAAAAAAAAAAGAAUAUAAAAUCCUCAUGGGGCAAUUUUAUUGUCUGGGAAAAGAAGACCCUGAGGUGGAUGUACAUUACUUCUAGUUUUAGAUGUUGAGAGGAUUUUUUUUUUUUUCACUAAAAUUCUAAAACUUAAUGCAGCUGGUUGCAAAUAAAGGGAGUUUUCAUAUCACCAGUUUGUAGCAGAAUUGAUCUUUUGGUUUGGUUUAUUUUUUUUUUUCCUCUUGCUUUAGGAUGUUAGACACAUUUUGGUCUUAAUCCAUGUACACUUUUUUUCUUUUUAUUUUCAUUUCUAGUCUUUUAUUUUUCCCCACUUCACUGUAAAAAAUGGUAUGUGUACAUAAUGUUUUAUUGGCAUAGUCUGUGGAGAAGUGCAGAAACUUCAGAACACGUGUAUGUAUUAUUUGGACUAUGGAUUCAGGUUUUUGCAUGUUUAUAUCUUUCGUUAUGGAUAAAGUAUUUACAAAAACAGGUUGCAAACAAGUGACAUUGAUUCAAUUGUUGAACUGUAGUUAGAGUACUCGAGAUUUUUUUUUUAAUUUUUAUUUUUAUUAUUUUUUUUUUUUGUUGGUUCGUUUGGGGAGGGAGAAAAGUUCUUAGCACAAUAGUUUUACCUAAUUUGUACUAAAAAAAAAAUAAACAAAGGGGUGGGGGGGAGGAGGGAGGGGAAGUUGGCCUGAUACAGGUGGCACGACUAAAUAUCCAGUAUGUUUUGGGGACAGGGAGGGAAGGGGGAAGGAGCUUUCAAACUGGAGAGACUUCUGAGAACAGCUUUGCCUCUGUAUUGUGUACCAGAAUAUGAAUGAAACACCUCUGACCCCAACGUUCUGAAUAAAAUGCUAAUUUUG